AUGCUUUUCAACAACCUCAACGCGCUCGCGCUCGUCGCUUCGCUUGCAGCUCCAGCUGACGCCUUCUGGCGCAUGACCUGCCCUGGCCGUCUGGUUAAGGAGCGCGCCGAUCCCAUUGUCGCCCCAGGGAAGGUCUCUGCCCACGUUCACACCAUAUCUGGUGGCAGUGGCUUCGGGUUCGAGAUGACCUAUGACAAGGCUCGCGCCUCCAAGUGUUCCUCCUGCCCGAUUAAGGCGGAUCUUUCCAACUACUGGACUCCAUCGCUCUACUUCAAGGCCCAGAAUGGUAGCUUCAUCAGCGUGCCUCAGGCUGGUGAUUUCAACGGCCAGACUGGUGGCAUGACCGUGUAUUACCAACAACGCCCUGGCCCGAACAACGACAAGCUCAAGGCGUUUCCCAAGGGUUUCCGCAUGGUCGCCGGUGACCCGUUCAAGCGCGCGCCCGGCACUGACUUCGCCUCCAAGGCCGUGUCCUUCGCCUGCCUCGACUACAACGGCCCCGCGACCGCUGAGACCAACAACUUCCCGAACCGCAACUGCCCGAAUGGCCUCCGUGCCCAGAUCUACUUCCCGUCCUGCUGGGACGGCAAGAAUCUCGACACCGCCGACCACAAAUCUCACAUGUCCUACCCGGCCUCCGGCAACUACAACGGCGGUCCCUGCCCAGCCUCGCACCCGGUGCACCUGAUCUCCAUCUUCUACGAAGUCAUGUACGACACGCAGAAGUUCGCCAACGAGUGGUACGGCAGCUCUCAGCCCUUCGUCUUCGCACAAGGCGACCCAACCGGGUACGGCAUGCACGGCGACUUCGUGAACGGGUGGGACGUCGACGUCCUGCAGCGCGCGACGGACCAAUGCACGGCCAACAGCGGCAGCAUCAAGGACUGCCCCGUCUUCGCCAACGACCUCUUCACCGACGCCCAGUGCCACGCGUGCAAGAUCGCGCCGUCCGUCAACGAGCAGGUCGACGGCGUCAUGGCCAAGCUGCCUGGCUGCAACGCCGUUACUCCUGGCCCAGCGCGCGCGGCGCCUGUCACCACGUGCCAGGACAGCGCGGUCAUUGGCGCUGCGGCCACGUACUUCACGGACGUGACGGCGAGCAAGAAGUGGGAGUAUGUUGGCUGCGGCACCGACAAGUACAACGACCGCACCUUCAGGGCCAAGUCGACGAACCAGGCCACCAUGACCGUCGAGAAGUGCAUCGAUUACUGCAGCACCGCUGGGUACAGCUAUGCUGGGUUGGAGUACGGCACUGAAUGCUACUGCGACAACACCCUCCGCAGCGACCGCGCGCCCGUCCCAGGCGUCAUGGGCUCCUGCACCAUGAAGUGCGGCGGCAACGGCAACCAGUACUGCGGCGGCGGCUCGGCCAUGAGCAUCUACCACAAGUGCGGCAGCACGUGCAAGAACGCUGCCAUGAAGAAGAGACACCUUGAGGAGCAUCGCCAUGCCCCUGCUCACGGCCAGAGCGCUUAG